ACGAACAAAUUACUUUAGACGGAUGUAGAGAAUAUAAGGCUCGUUUUGCUUUUCUGUUCUGUCAACGUCCAUAUACUUGGCGUUUUACUUGGAUGAUUACCAUAUACUUGGCUGAUUAAUAUACAUGAUAGUAAUGUUUAUCCCAAUUGCGUUUAUUAGGCUGUUAUUUCAGGGAUGCUUGCAAGUCUUGGUAGAACUAUAUGUAGAAAAUAUGCUCGCUGUUAAAGACAUUAUACAGACGCCUAUAAAAGGUUCAUCUCAACGAUCAUCGAGGAUUACCUCAUGUGUAAACAUUGUUAUCCACCGGAUUCCACAAAGAAAAACUCGAUAGUUUAAAACAUCAGAUAUUAGCCACCAUAUGUUAAGUCAUAUCCAGUUAAGUGGAAGGCUGAAGAAAAUGGAACGCUUCCAAAUAAUCAUUCUGGCGACAAAUCUUUUAAUAAUAUUGACUGUUUAUGCAGAUCGGCAUCCAUGUGACAGGCCGUGCGAAUCACCGACUUCUCCAAUGGAAUGCAACUACCGAUUUAACGUAGAAUGGUAUUACACAAUGUCAAAGGCAUGUUACGACUGCCCCUUCGUUGCUUCAGAUUGCUUGAGGCCACACUGCGUCGCAGCUGAUGGGAUAUCUCGGCCUGUUAUAACAGUCAACAGAACUUUUCCGGGACCAUCUGUUCGGGUUUGUCACAAUGACAUUGUUCGUGUCGAAGUCGUGAACGACCUUGGUGACAAUGAAGGCAUUACAAUACACUGGCAUGGUCUUUACAUGAGAGACUCCCCACACAUGGACGGGGUACCUAUGCUAACCCAAUGUUCGAUUCCUGCCAAAACAUCAUUUACCUACGAAUUUCGUGCCGAUCCUCCAGGAACGCACUGGUGGCAUUCGCAUGCUGGAUUACAAAGAUCUGAUGGAUUGGCGGGUCCUCUCAUUGUCAAUCGGCCCAAACAAGAUGAUCCACAUUACGAUUUGUAUGACGUUGAUUCAGAAGAAUAUGUCAUUUUUGUGUUCGAUUGGCUCCAUCAACCAAGUUUAACAAAAUUUCUUGCGCAUCACCAUUCGUCUGGAAGUAACAAAGGAGAGAAUAUUUUGAUAAAUGGAAAAGGUGUAUUCAAAGAAUUUUAUAAUUCAACCGACAAUUCUACGCACUUUACACCGAGAGAAGUUUUCAUUGUGGAAAGAAAUAAGCGAUACAGAUUUAGAACAAUAAGCAAUGCGGUAUUGUUCUGUCCAUACGAGAUUACAAUUGAUGGGCAUGAACUCAACAUUAUUGCAUCAGAUGGAGCUGACAUUAAACCCUACUUAGUCACAUCUUUGGUUGUUCAUGGCGGAGAACGAUUUGACUUUGUUGUCAACGCUUCUCAAGAUAUUUCAAACUACUGGAUACGAAUUCAAGGAAUGGCUGAUUGCCGGAACCAGUCUCAAAGGGCAAUCCUGAGGUACCAAGGUGCAGGUACCGAGGACCCGGUGACGUCAUCAGAUCUCAUAACCAGUAGUAAAUUACAACUUAAUCCUUGGAAUAUCGCAGAAAACGAAAGUUAUACUCAAGUAUCUUCGCUUCAACGAGAACAUUCUGAUGCAUAUCCUGCAAGCGAACGAUACGCAGAAAAGCCCGAUCAAACACACUUUAUUGGAUUCGAUUUCUAUAAAGUCAAUAAUCCGACUUUCAAUCAUCCUGACUGGUAUCCGAUUGAAGACAUGCCGCGCAACAGCCAUUUGUACACUCCCCAACUCAACAAUAUCAGCUUUGCCUUUCCGAAACAUCCAAUGUUGACACAGUACGAGCAAAUCGACAGCACCCAAAAUUGCGACCCAGAAGCCGCUAGGUGGAACCAGAGUCGUUCUGAAUUUUGCCAGGAUGACUUUUGUAUGUGCACUUAUGUGAUUGAUGUAAAAGUCGGUAACCUCGUAGAAUUGGUAAUUUAUGAUGAAGGGCGAACAUUUGAUGCAGGUCAUCCUAUGCAUUUGCAUGGUCAGCAUUUUGCAGUUAUGGCAAUGAAAAAAAUCGGGGCAUUCAUCUCUACAGAAGAAAUUAAAGAACUGCAUAACAAUGGCAGCAUUGAGUACAAUUUUGAUGGUAUUAUGAAGGACACAGUUAUUAUUCCGGAUGGUGGCUACACAGUUGUUCGCUUUUUGGCCGAUAAUCCAGGGGUCUGGUUUUUUCAUUGCCAUCUUGCUUUUCAUUCAGAAAUCGGUAUGGAGUUGGCAUUCAAGGUCGGAGAUCCAGAACAAUGGGUGAAACCUCCGAAUGAUUUCCCGAAAUGCGGUCCUUGGCCAGGAAAAUCCAAUGCAGCCACCAGCAUGACGUCGUCGUUAACAUUCAUUCUUAUACUCUUCCAUUUUUUCCGUUUUACUAGUCAUAUGUUAUAGCAAUUUUUUUCCUAAAUUUUAAAAGUAAUAAUAUUUGCAGCAUCGAUUUACUAUACCUUUUUAAGACGAUUUUUGAUCCCAAAGAAGAAAUUUAAUUUCAUUAAAUCAUUUGUUUAACUGUAUUCUUCAAGCACCAACUAUGUCAGCCAGUUAUUCGCUAUACAAAUAAACAAAAUUUUCUUAUUUGAGAGAUUUGCAACAAAAUACAUUAAUUAACCUAUA